GGGAGGUCAGAAGUGAGUUUUAGGGAUGAGAGUGAAAAGUGGUGAGAGGGGAAUACAGGAGAGAUGGGGAAAGUGGACAGCAGGAAGUUGUUCGGGGUUUUUACAAUGUGAAUUCUCCAGAGGGAUUACUCACCCUGCACAGUAACGGACUGUUACAGCUAAUCCCACGCACAUUCCAGAGACACAGCAAAACUCACAGCACGCUGAGCGGAGACUGGAACAUCGUUGGAGAACAGCAAGCGUAACCCUGGGAGAGAGGAAGUGCUACUAAUGGUGUUCGUUUUAUAAAGGAACAGGAACAAUAUAAAAAGCUACAAAUAAGAUGGACAAGCCACUCUACACCGCUAACGACAGCUGCCGCUUCGACGAGGAGUUUAAAUACAUCCUGCUGCCGCUUUCCUACGGGAUAGUGUGUGUGGUGGGGCUGGUGCUGAACUCCGUCGCUCUGUGGAUGUUCCUGUGUAAGAUGCGCCCGUGGAAGCCCAGCACCGUGUACAUGUUCCACCUGGCCGUCUCGGACACGCUGUACGUGCUCUCGCUGCCCACGCUGGUGUAUUACUACGGCAACCGGAGCGACUGGCCCUUCGGGGAGUGGAUGUGCAAGAUCGUGCGCUUCCUGUUUUACACCAACCUGUACUGCAGCAUCCUGUUCCUCACCUGCAUCAGCGUGCAUCGCUACCUGGGCAUCUGCCACCCCAUCCGCUUCCUCAAGCUGGUUAAAGUACGCCAUGCCCACGUGGUGUGUUUCCUAGUGUGGGGUGCCGUGACGGUGUGCCUUAUCCCCAAUCUGAUCUUUGUGACCAUCAGCACCAGGGACAACAACACGCUGUGUCACGACACCACGCGUCCGGAGGAUUUCGAUGAGUACGUCAGCUACAGCUCAGCUGUUAUGACCCUACUGUUCGGCCUCCCGUUCCUGGUGAUUGUGGUCUGCUACUGCCAGAUGGCCCGGACGCUGUGCCAGCCCAGGGCGGGGCUACAGUCCCGCCAGCAAGGCGCACACAGUUCCCGGAGGAAGUCUAUCAAGCUGAUCAUCGUGGUCCUGGUGGUCUUCGCCCUUUGCUUCGUCCCCUUCCACAUCACACGCACCCUCUACUACACCUUCCGCGUGCUGGACGCCGACUGCAUGUCUCUCAACUAUGUCAACUUCGCCUACAAGAUCACCCGGCCCCUAGCCAGCGUCAACAGCUGCAUAGACCCCGUCCUGUACUUCCUGGCUGGGGAUCACUACCGUGCCAAGCUGGUGAGCGCCUGCUCCAAGAAACCGCGCUUCUCCACGAUCUCACUGGUGCCGCGCAAACGGCUCAACCGCAGCCUGGCCGUGGUCUGCAACAACCAGGACUCUGCUUGCACCGCAACCUGAACAGGAGUGGAGGGACGCUGGGGUUUCCACUUUGACACUGCUCACCAGUCGCCCUGGAGACAGGGACUGUAACUUAGUGCAUCCCAGUCCUUAGCCCUGUACUACAGCACAAUGAUGCAGCCUAGCCUGCCGGUUAGAGGAACCGUAGGUAAGAGAGGAGGUCUGAGACGUGGGAGGCAGUGGUCUGCUUGAUUCGCUGCACAGAAAAAGCAUGGGAUUUCAGACAGGGGUAACAAACGCUUCCUGUGCUCCUCUCAGCUCUAAUCAAGCCUGCCCUGACUUCAACCACCUGCGGAAUUUCAAUAGAAGGCUUGCUAUUAAUACACUCACACUGAGCAGCAGACAAAGUGCAUUAACUUUCUUUUAAGCUAAGCUAGCAAGGGCAGUUUGAUUGCAUAUUGUUAACUGGAAAACAAGACAGUAUUAGACACACACUCAAACUGAUCAUACCAGUGAAAGAGGUUUUUACUCUGUUUAGAGGCAUUUUCUAAAGACAACUGUAUUUUGUAUUAGUCAUUUAUAACUAUGUUAUUAAAACACAACAAAAUAUUUGUUAACAUUCUAAUAAAGCACUUCCAAUUAAAAAGAACACAUUUCAAUAUUGGAGAAAGACUGCUGAUGGGGUCAACUGAUUCAAAUUGUAUUUAUAUAAUUGUUUUUUUUUCAUUUGUAGACUAGAUCAAAGUGUUACAUGUAUUGCCAUGUAAGAGAGGGAAACAGUAAGCAAAACAAACAUAAAAACAUGUGUUAGGAUUAAAAGCAAGUGGAAGGCUGCACUGUGUUGUCCUCUGUGCCUCAACCCGAGGCAGCGGAGUCCAGAUAAGCGUCCCAGCUGUCUGUGUAACACAAGUGGAAAAACAAAUCCCAUCUAGGGGCUGUCAUUCCAAAAGCCCUCCCACGAGAGGCUGAGGGGCCCUGGGCAGCCUCCCAAUUGGUUUAAAAAAAAAAACACCAUGCGUUUUAGCAAAGAAGAACAAAAAGUUGAACUGUUGUAUUGUGUAACAUACAG